UAUUUAGGACCAGAAGUCAAGGUGUUAUCCAGGGGGAGAAAUUACCAUUAAUUAAACAGCCUCUUUCCACCCAUUACUUGAUACCUCUCUACUUUCCACAACAAACCAUGCAGGUAUUAGGUCCUCUUUAGUGACUUCUAAGAUUUGGUAUGGACAGUUAUUUUGCAUUGUAUUCAAGCCCCCCCAUCCCUUCCCUAUUUUUUAACCCUGAGAUACAACCAAGCCAGUGAAAUAUGUUACCUGUGGUUGCAUGAGGCUUGGUCAUCACCAAGCUGGCGUCUCACCUGUCCUCACACUAUGGUGGCCUGCAGAGCUGGUUCCUCACAGGAUUUGCCCCUUCUGAAAACAUCCACACUACCACAAGGAGAGAAAAAAAUCGGGAUAGAGGGGUUUUUUUUAGCCCAAGAUUAGAAUUAGUGCUUCCUUGCUACUCUGAGGCUGGACAGCCAGAUGGGCACCUUCUGUCCCUAGUUGGGGAGCUGUUCCACCUGUUGAAGCCACACUCAGCCAGAGGUCAGUGGGGGCCUACCUGCUUUGUUGGAUCAGUGAGACCAGGAAAGUCCUAUCAGAGGAAACGUGAAGUAUUGGUGCUCAGUGGAGUAGUUUCUGUGUUGUUUUUAAUGUCCCUAUACCAGAUUGACGCUGCAAGCUCAGAUUCACAGUCUUGCUCUGUUUAGGUCUUGCUCUGCUAUUAGUUCCCAACUGUCCGCAUUUAGGCUGAGUCACAAGUAACUCAAGUGAACCUCCCUGGUGUAAUGGAUGUGUAAUGGCUUAGCAGAGGGACAGGGAAUGUCCCAGGAAAAGGGGUCUGGGUAAUAUGAGCCAGUACCAAGAAAGGCCUUAGUGGUCUCCAGUUCUCACGUCUCAAAGCCAUUUCCAUCCUUGGUGCGAAACGGUGGGACUGGAUCAGGCCGUUUGGAGGAAGACAUCUUCAAUGGAGCAGGAUAAAAUGCUCUACACAAGCUUUGAAACAGUGGCCUCUUCGGAAUUCCGCUUGUAUGUGAAACGCAAAAAGCGCGGUCUGGUUCUCCUUUCAUUCAUGUCAGGAGGGGUCAUUCCCAUUUUACAGAGAAGGGAAACGGGUUCAGAAAGAUGAUCUAUUCCGGGGUUAGAACUCAAUUCCCUGCGUCCUUUCCGUCCCGGUCCUCGGCCCUUUAAAAAGAGCUGGGGGUUUUGAGAGCCACUCAAGUCCCCGCAGCCCUGCUCAAGGCCAGGUUGAAGGCUUUUCCCGCCUCCCAGGGCGGGGUCAGAUGUGUCCUCACCUGUAGCUUUUAGAUCCCCAAGUGCUCACAGGUGGGGUGCGGGCCCAGGAGGGAUCCCGGGGAGGGACGUCCGAGCGCGCCCACGAUUGGUGCGCAGGGACCCGGGGGGCGGUAAAGGGAAGGGGCGGGCCCGCGCCCAGGAAGGAGGGCUCCCGCCGGGUGAGCGCGGGGCCGCUGGGUGACCCGGCUCCUGCUUGCCCCGCAGCCCCGGCCCCCUGCCCACCAUGAACGCCAGCGGCUCGGGCUACCCGCUCGCCUCACUCUACGUGGGCGAUCUGCACCCCGACGUGACCGAGGCCAUGCUCUAUGAGAAAUUCUCUCCCGCCGGCCCCAUCCUGUCCAUCCGCGUGUGCCGCGAUGUGGCCACCCGGCGCUCGCUGGGCUACGCCUACAUCAACUUCCAGCAGCCCGCGGACGCGGAGCGGGCACUGGACACGAUGAACUUUGAGAUGCUCAAAGGCCAGCCUAUUCGCAUCAUGUGGUCCCAGCGAGACCCAGGACUUCGCAAGUCAGGUGUGGGCAACAUCUUCAUCAAGAACCUGGAGGACUCCAUUGACAACAAGGCUUUAUAUGAUACCUUCUCCACCUUUGGGAACAUCCUCUCUUGCAAGGUGGCGUGUGACGAGCAUGGCUCCCGGGGUUUCGGCUUUGUCCAUUUUGAGACUCAUGAGGCCGCACAGCAGGCCAUCAACACCAUGAAUGGGAUGCUGCUGAAUGACCGCAAAGUCUUUGUGGGCCACUUCAAGUCUCGACGGGAGCGGGAGGCGGAGCUGGGGGCACGGGCCCUGGAGUUCACCAACAUCUACGUGAAGAACCUCCCGGUGGAUGUGGACGAGCAAGGCCUGCAGGACCUCUUCUCCCAGUUUGGGAAAAUGCUGAGUGUGAAGGUGAUGAGGGACAACAGCGGCCACUCGCGGUGCUUUGGCUUUGUCAACUUUGAGAAGCAUGAGGAAGCCCAGAAGGCUGUGGUCCAUAUGAACGGGAAGGAGGUGAGUGGGCGGCUGCUGUACGCGGGCCGGGCCCAAAAGCGCAUGGAGCGGCAGAAUGAACUGAAGCGCCGGUUUGAGCAGAUGAAGCAGGACCGGCUGAGGCGUUACCAGGGUGUGAACUUGUACGUGAAGAACCUGGACGACUCCAUUGAUGACGACGAACUGAGGAAAGAGUUCUCUCCCUAUGGAGUGAUUACCAGUGCGAAGGUGAUGACAGAGGGUGGCCACAGCAAGGGGUUUGGCUUUGUGUGUUUUUCCUCCCCAGAAGAGGCGACAAAGGCCGUGACAGAGAUGAACGGGCGCAUCGUGGGCACCAAGCCACUCUACGUGGCACUGGCCCAGCGCAAAGAGGAGCGGAAGGCCAUUUUGACCAACCAGUACAUGCAGCGCCUCUCCACCAUGCGGACCCUGAGCAACCCCCUCCUGGGCUCCUUUCAGCAGCCCUCCAGCUACUUCCUGCCUGCCGUGCCCCAGCCUCCAGCCCAGGCUGCAUACUAUGGCUGUGGCCCAGUGACACCCACCCAGCCUGCCCCCAGGUGGACGUCCCAGCCACCUAGACCUUCCUCUGCCUACCCUCCAGGUGCCUCGAUGGUCCGGCCACCAGUCGUGCCUCGGUGCCCCCUGGCCCCCAUCAGCAGUGUCAGGCAGGCCUCCACCCAGGUGCCACGCACGGUGCCUCAUACCCAGAGAGUAGCCAACAUUGGUACUCAGACCACAGGACCCGGUGGGGUAGGAUGCUGUACACCAGGCCGGCCUCUCCUGCCGUACAAAUGUUCCCCAGCAGCACAUAGCACUUAUCGGGUCCAGGAGCCGGCUGUGCACAUCCCGGGACAGGAGCCCCUGACUGCGUCCAUGCUGGCUGCUGCGCCCCUGCAUGAGCAAAAGCAGAUGAUUGGGGAGCGUCUCUACCCCCUUAUCCAUGAUGUCCACACCCAGCUGGCUGGCAAGAUCACGGGCAUGCUGCUGGAGAUCGACAACUCGGAGCUGUUGCUCAUGCUGGAGUCUCCAGAAUCCCUCCAUGCCAAGAUCGACGAGGCAGUGGCCGUGCUUCAGGCACACCAGGCUGUGGAGCAGCCGAAGGCGUACAUGCACUGAAACCAGGUGGGUGGAAUGGUGGCAGAAGCAGCUGAGCCCGGGAGAAGCUGUAAGGAAAUAGGCAGGGACUGACUUUCACAAACACUGAGAAUUAUGCUGUGUCCCUGGCUUUCUCUGAAGCACCAAGGAGUUUGGAGGAAGUCGUGAGAAUCAGAGGAGAUGAUUAACUGUGAUCCGAAUGGGGGGUGGUGGAGGGUGAAGGAGGUGCCCUCUUGCCAGCUGCCCUGCCUGGCUUCAUGCAGAAUAGUUUGGGCUUUCUCGGGGCCCUGCCUGGCUCCAUUCUGCCUGCCUGAAGGCCUGGCCAGGAUGUAACCACCUUCUUUAUUGAAGACUGGGUGUCUGCCAUACUUUAAAAACACUUAUUUUUACAUUUUUAUCCUCAGAAAAGGAAAUCCUUGCUUCCAUGGCUGCCAAAAGGACAGUGUUUCUGGCUCUCAGCCCUAAGGCCCUGCAAACUCUAACUUAUUUCCCAAUUAGUCUGUAUCUAUACUUGGGCUCUGUAUGUGAAUGAAGGUUGGUCACCCAUCCAGCCUAUUACCUUUUGCUUUGUGUAUUAAAAGUGCUGCAAAAUCUGCCUUGCCUCCCAGGAGGCCCUUUUGUGUCUGAGGGAGGUGGGGACAGAGCAAAGGGUAGACAUGACUGGGGUGGGCCUCUGGCUCUAAGAAACAGAAACCAUAAAGGAGUGCUGAAGUACACAGAGGGCAUGUACACAAGAGCAGGAGAAGUGUCAGGAACUGACCCAUCAACAGUACAGUGGAUGAUGACCUGGAUAUCACACAAUGGACCAGAGCUACAGGGGUCCCCAUCUGAUGUGCAUGCAGCCCCUGGCUUGGGCACCCUGCAGGGCAAACACCCAGCUGCUUCUCGGCUGGCUAAGGGGUUGUGUAAAAUAAUUAACCCUUGUAGGAACACUUUAGGGUACCUUCCCAGGUCGGGAUUUUCCUCCCCUGCAGGGAAUGGGGAAGUCUCUCAAAAAGCUUCUUUGUGUCAGUUAGUGCUCACCUCCUAUCAGGGACAUACAGUCCAGGUCUUUGCCCUCUCCUGUACCCGAGCGGCCAAAUCAAAGUGGCUACUAUGACCCAAACAGACUGGGUUCUGCUAAAAAUUCACCAGCAACACAUCUGACUGAGUCCUCAGGGCUGCUCUGCCACUCUCAGGUCCUCACUCUUCCUGUUCUCCACUCCACAGACCUCCAACCUGUCUUCGCCAUGCCCUGCCCACUUCUCUGGCUGCUUUUAAUCUGUUCCCUGUGCAGAUCCAUCGUCUUCUCCCCAAAUCCUGACUGCUGGCAUUUCUUUAGUCUCUGUCCUGGGCCCUCUCCUUUUCUCAUGCCAUGUUCUCCUGAGCUAUCUAAAUUGCAAGCAGAUCUUCAAUUUGUACCCAGUCUAGGAUGACUCCGUUUUUUUCUUCAGCCCAGUCAACUCUUAAGAGCACCUGAGUCUCUCACAUUCCACCGCCUACCUGCCAUCAGCUCCUGGUUAUCUUGCUAACAUUCAUG